AAUUGUCAUACGAACUAAUUUUACUUGUACUCCUUGAAACGUUUUUUUAUAAAAUAUCUAGUUUAUAAUUUUUAAUUAUAGUUUGAACAUGGAUGUCUUUUUAAUGAUUAGGCGAAAAAAAUUAACCAUCUUCACGGAUGCCAAGGAUACUACUACUGUAUUAGAACUUAAGAAAAUGAUUGAAGGCAUUCUAAAAGUUCCACCACCUAGUCAGAUGUUGUUUAAUAAAGACAGUCAGUUGAUGGAAGAUGAAAAAACCCUAGCAGAAUAUGCCUUAACCUCAGUUACUGCUAGAGCACAAUGCCCCGCACCAAUUGGACUUGCUCUCAGGAAAGAAAAUGGUGAGUUUGAAGCUCUGGAUCUCACUCCCUAUUCUUCACCACCAGAUCUGCCCGAUGUAAUGAAGUCACAGGAAGCCAAUGGACAGGAACAGAUGGAUCAACACUAAAUAAGCAUCAAAUGUCAAGCUUGCGAUACAACCAGCAUCUUAGUAUCACUGUAAAUACAUGAGCAAUAUUUAAUGCAUUAUGGUUUGGGUAUAGCAGCAACAAGAAGUUGCUUUUUUAUAUUUGGCAACUCAAAUUGUUAGUCAUGAAGCAAUUACUGGCAAUAUACACAAAAUUUAUCUAACAUACUAUCCUAGAGUUCAUUCAUUUCAUUAAUUAAUAUUUACAUAAUGCCAAAAAUAAUAAAAUUUUAUCUUAGUUGUCAGUAUUGAGGAUCACACCACUGCAACCGUGUUCAUGUUUAGAUCAUGCUCACUGACACACAAGUCAUGUGUAGUAUGUAGUACGGGUUGAAGUGUUUCGUGAUAUUUUUGUAGGUGUAUCUUCUACUUUACUCAAAUCACCAGUCCUUGGCUUAUUCACAACACAAAAUUUUUGUACUAACACAAACAAUUAACUUAUUACAUAAAUGUCGCGCUUUACUCUGUUAAGUAUUACAAAAAUGAUUUUAAACUUAUCUAUAAUGGCAACAUGACAUUGUUUUGUUUAAGUAUGAUAUACAUUUUUGAUAUAAAAUUAAAAAAACCUAAAGAAUGGCAGAGUUCUGGUUUUAUGGAAUAGUUCAACUCAGAAAUUAGUCAAUUCUAGGGGAAGAAGGAAGUUGGGCAUAGUAGUUUGAUUUUCUUAUAAUUUAAUUCAUUAAUAUGGUAUAUAACUAUUAGUAUAGGACAAUCUAUAGAUAGUAGUUAAAACAGGGCGUAAAACAUAUUUUGGGGCUUGUAAUUUAAAACACUUACUUAAGUUUUACACAUGUAGAAUGAGGAGUAAGAAGAGUUUUGGUAAAAAGCUCAUUUAAAAUCUAGCGUAAUACAUAAUAUUUUUAAUUGAAAUGUAUUGUAGGCCCCAAAAAUACUUGUUCCUUAAUGAGAAGAUGUCUUAUUGGUUGAAAAUUUGUUUAAACUUAAAGCUAUUGUUUAUUUAUACCUUUGUAUUAAGAGAUCUUUGUGGUUUGAUUAUUAAAUUCUAAUUCUAGAAUUCACUUUUACAUGAGAACUCAUAAUUGUAUGAAAUAAAAAUGUUUAUUGGACACUUUAAUAAAACAUGAACCAAUUCUGCUCUAUGUCAGUGCAAAUACAUUAAUUUUAAGUCUUGCAUUGAACUUUAUUUUAAUGAGAGGUCUAAAAACCUAUGUUCAUAUCCGUCAACUACAUGUAAUCGGGAUAAAAGUCAUUUAAAAUAUAUACAUAUUACCAUUCCAUAUUUUGUACUGAUGUGCGACAAAUGUGGUAUAUUAUUAGAGUAGGAAAAUGAUAUUGAUUUGCCAUUAAAAUAAUAUUGUAAUAAAAUUUCCCUUUUAAGUAUUUUCUUUAGUAGCAGCAAAGCAACUUGGUUUAGGUUCUGGUUUGUUUAUUAAACUAAGCUAAAUAUAUAUAUAUGAGCGAUAAUUGUUAAAUUUUUAUCUAGAUUGCAUGUAAGAUGAAAAAAUAGGCAAGACUUGCGAAAAUUGGUAAUGUCAAAGACUAUUCUGUCUUAGGUAGUGUCAUGUGCAAGUAUGGGAUGUAAUAAGAAUCAGCAAAAAAUAAAGCUGUUUUGAUUUGU